AUGUCGACUGCGGCCACGGCGACGCUGAAUGGCAGUGCCGAGAAGCCGGUCACGGUUCAGACCGAGACGGAACUGUCCCUUCUGUACCGCAUCCUGCGGACCGUCAUCAAGCCGCUGCGGCCCCGCCUGGUGAAGCCGAGCAAGAAGACACAGCCAGCCGGCAGCCCACGCCUGCUGAGCCGGCCGCGGAGCAAGCGGAAAUUCAACAUUAGGGAGCGCCGGCACCCUGAUUCCGGCAUCUGGCUGUACGACUACGAGCCCCAGGCGCCGCCCAACAUCAAGAUCAAGGCCCCCUCGACCAUCUACUACUUUGCCGGCGGCGGAUUCCAGAGCCCGCCCUCGCGCGAGCACUGGACUUUUCUGGGCGAGCUGGCCGCCGGCCUGACCCUCGACCACCACGUCACCCUGGUCAGCUACCCGCUGGCGCCGGCGAGCCCGGCCUCGGAGUCGCUGCCGGCGCUGCAAAAGCUCAUGGCGCCCGUGUUUGCCGAGGCGGCGAAAAAGGGCGACAAGAUCACCCUCAUGGGCGACUCGGCGGGCGGCAACGUGGCGGCCAGCCUGGCGUUCUGGUGGGCCGAGCACGUCGCCUCGCGCUCGGGCGACUACCGGCUCAAGGCGACGCUUCAGAACCUCGUCGUCGUCUCCCCCGCCGUCGACCUGCGCAACACCAACCCGGCCAUGCACGGCGACCUUGACCGCCUGGAUCCCCUGCUGGGCGCGGCCUACACGGGCGCCGUCGCCGAGGCUUGGCUCGCCGCGCCGCCCGAGCACCCGCACCUCGACUCCGUGGCCGAGGACCCGAACGUCUCACCGCUUCUGCACGAACCCGCUGCGUUUCAGCGACUGGCGGAUCUGGGUGUGCGUGUGCACGGUGUUUACGGUACCAACGACGUUCUUGCUCCCGACACGGAGUUGUUUAGGCAUAAAUGUGAGGAGAAUGGAGUCAGGGGGCGUUGGCUGGUGUGGGUUGGUCAGAUGCAUUGUUUUCCGCUCGCCGGCGCGUACGGAAUGCGAGAGGGCAAGAAGGCUAUAGACUGGUUGGUUCAAGUCUUGAAGAGUGACGAUGAUUACUACCAUCAUUAG